AUGGUUUAGGAGACGCCCUCCCAGGCGCACUCUGCUGAUGCUUUCGGGACGAGAACUACUGUACUAGAUCAGCGACAUUGCUCUAGUGACCGAUUGUCUGAAAAGAUACAAGUCAAGAUGUCCUACAGAUCAGCUCCGCACUCAUCUUACAAAAAGAUGUUCGGAGGGGAAAGAACCGCGGUCCGGUCCGGCUACUCCAGCCGCCAGUUCUCCAGCCCGGUGCGUUCCUCCCGGGUAUCCUUCGGGCUGUCAUCCGGCCAGAACAUUUACGCAGUGAAGACCCACAGGCUCCGGAGCAGCGCGGCCAUGCCCCGGCUGGCCUCCGAGAACUUGGACUUCUCCCUGUCCGAUGCCAUAAACACCGAGUUCAUCGCGAACCGCACCAACGAGAAGGUGCAGAUGCAGUCGCUCAACGACCGCUUCGCCAACUACAUCGACAAGGUCCGCUUCCUGGAGCAGCAGAACAAGAUCCUGCUGGCCGAGCUGGAGCAGCUGCGGGGCAAAGGCACGUCCCGGGUCGGAGAUCUGUACGAGGACGAGAUGCGGGAGCUGAGGCGCCAGGUGGACCAGCUGACCAACGAGAAGGCCCGGGUGGAGGUUCACCGGGAUAACCUGGCGGACGACAUCGACAGGCUGAGAGAGAAGUUGCAGGAUGAAAUGUCCCAGCGCGAAGAGGCUGAAUCAAACAUGCAGAGCUUCAGACAGGACGUGGACAAUGCUGCGCUCGCCAGACUGGACCUGGAGCGGAAAGUAGAGUCUCUCCAGGAGGAAAUCAACUUCCUCAAGAAGCUGCAUGAUGAGGAAAUGCUGGAGCUGCAGAAUCAGAUCCAGCAGCAGCAUGUGCAGGUGGACAUGGAAGUGGCUAAGCCUGACCUGACAGCUGCUCUGAGGGACGUCCGUCUGCAGUACGAAAACCUGGCCUCCAAAAACAUCCAGGAGUCAGAGGAAUGGUACAAGUCCAAGUUUGCUGACCUCACCGAAGCUGCAGCCAGGAACAACGAGGCUCUAAGAGUGGCCAAGCAGGAGGCCAUUGACUACAGACGCCAAGUUCAGGCGCUUACUUGCGAGGUGGACGCCCUGAAAGGAACUAACGAGUCCUUGGAGCGCCAGAUGAGGGAGAUCGAGGAGAGCUUCUCCGUGGAGACGGGCGGCUACCAGGACACCAUCGGCCGCCUGGAGGAGGACAUUCACAACAUGAAGGACGAGAUGGCCCGCCACCUCCGGGAGUACCAGGACCUCCUGAAUGUCAAGAUGGCGCUGGACAUCGAGAUUGCCACCUACAGGAAGCUCCUCGAAGGAGAGGAGAGCAGGAUCUCCACCCCCCUGCCCAACUUCUCCUCUCUAAACCUGAGAGAAUCAAUGAUGGAUUCCAAACAGCACAUUGAAACCUCGUCAACCAAGAAAGUUCUCAUCAAGACCAUCGAGACCAGGGAUGGUCAGGUGAUCAACGAGUCGACCCAGAACCAUGAUGACAUGGAGUGAACGGCGCCUCCGUCUUUGCCAAACGACCAACGAAAGCAAUAAGAAGAGAAGAAAACCCCAUUUCACAGGAGCUACAAGCAACGCGAACCAACCAACAGCACAGACACAAACACACACACACAAAAAAAGAAAGCUUCGAGAAGUGCCUUUACAUGUGAUGAUCCAGUAACCCUGUUAGUUGACACAGACUGUAUUUUGCUUCCUACUCUUGUCACACUUGUUUAGACUCAACAAGGAAAUCAGCACAACAUAGCAAAUCCUCACCGAGGUCUACAAGAAUCUUUCUUUGUAACCAAAGUAGUAUUUUUGAUCGAUGCAGCAUGCACGCCCCAGGGAAAUCUGUAUGCUAAAGAUGUCACAAUUGCCUGUACGCAGCAAUAAAUCAUCAAGACUGUAACUCAA